AUGGACUAUGACACUGAAUUGGGACAUGAUGGAGUUAGUCAGCUGGAUGAUGACAGAAGAAGUGUUUCGGAUAGAUCAAGUGAAUCAACGGUCAGCAAUGAUAACGUACUGUGGAAUGGAGAAGAAAUGAAGGAGGUGGAGUCACAUGAUCCAGUUAAGAGAGAGCGUGUUGAUGAUAUUACCACCGCUCGAAAACAAAUAAGUCAUGGUGGUGAUGUUGAAGUGAGGCGGCACAAAGCUACUACAAUGCAUGGCAAUUCUAGCGGUUCAUUGAAAAAGGAAAACACUGUUGAUAGAUCAUCUAAGCAAUUUGCAGGCGCUACCUCGGAAGGGUCUGAUUCAAAAGCAGUUACCCAUAGUAUCAAUCGACAUGCAAGUUUGCCAGAUGCAACGAUACGUACCAUAAAAGAUCAAUUAAGAAGAGCAAGAACAUAUAUUAGGCUCCUACCUUCUAGAGGCCGUCAUGCCUUUGUUAGAGAUCUUCGAAGAAAGAUGAGGGAUGUCCAACAAGCACUCGGUGAUGCAACCAGUGAUAGAUGGUUACCAAAGAAUGUCUCUGGAAAAAUUAGAGCAAUGGAGUUGGCAUUAACAAAGAACCCAACAAGACAUGUAUUUCAUAUUGUAACGGACAAACAUAAUUAUGCUGCAAUGAGAAUGUGGUUCUUGGCAAAUCCCAUAGGAAAAAUUGCUAUUCAGGAUCUAAGUAAUCUUUGGUCAAUAGAUCUGAAAGGAAAGGUUAAUGGCGCUGUCCAUACCUGUGGAGCGACUUUCCAUAGGUUUGAUAGGUACCUCAACUUUUCAAAUCCCCUAAUUGCUAGGCAGUUUGAUCAGCGUGCUUGUGGCUGGGCGUACGGCAUGAACAUGUUCGAUUUGUCUGAGUGGAGGAAGCAGGAUAUUACUGAUGUCUACCACUACUGGCAGAAUAUGAACGCAAAUAGGCAAUUAUGGAAGCUAGGAACACUCCCUGCUGGUCUUGUCACAUUUUGGAACCGCACAUUCCCUCUUGAUCGCUCAUGGCAUCUCUUGGGUCUAGGGUACAAGCCGAAUGUCGACCAAAGAGAUAUCGAGCGUGCAGCAGUCCUACACUACAAUGGGAAUCGAAAACCUUGGCUUGAAAUUGGAUUACCAAGAUAUCGCAAAUUUUGGUCCAAAUAUGUCAAUUUCGAUCAUGCUUUUCUACGUGAAUGCAAUAUACAUCCGUGA